GCCCAGGAUUCAUCGACGUUCCUUCAUAUUUCUUUUCCUUUUUAGAAUUACCGCUCUUUAUCAGAAUGCUGGGCCAACUCGUGGGAUCCGUCAUGCUUUUGGUCGCGACUGCGAUCUUUCUCUACUACACUGCGUGGACCCUGUUGAUGCCCUUCGUCGACCCCGGCCACCCUCUCCACGACAUCUUCCCGCCCCGUGUUUGGGCCAUCCGCAUCCCCGUCAUCCUCACACUCUUGGGUUCUGCCGUGGUAGGCACCUUCAUCGGAAUUGUCAUGAUCAACAGCAACAAGAAGAAGGCAGCUAAGGCUAAGGCUGCGGCCAAGAAGAAGACCUAAGCGACCAUGGACGUCAUAUCAGGAGAGAGGGCAAUCCUCUUGUGACAGCACUCUGUACUAUCAACCAUUCCGAAGCUCAGCGGCUAUCAAAACACAUCUCAAGUUAAUUAAUUUUGUUAUAUUGAGCGCCUUGCAAACACUUUCAUGCUGGAUAUACCUUGGACAUGGCCCAGAAUAGUGGAGGCUAAAGCGGCCAUAUAUGUGAAUAUAUGGACCAAAUUACCAUGUAACCCAAACAAAAGAGCCUGAAAUUCCCGGCACAAAUGUCAUUUGCCAUCAAAGCUCAGACAAGUCGUCAUCUUUGCCCACGCCGCAAAUGUCCUGUGACCUCGGCUGGAGCCAACGAUGACGCCAGCCACUCCUUCAACGGGCUAACUUUAUUGACAAAACAAACAAGGAAUGGUCAGGAAUGGCUAGGAAGGACACGGGUGGACUCGGCUGCUGACUUCAACCAUGCAGUACCUUGUCAAAGCAUGUAAGGAGGCAAUAAUUAGCAGCAAGUAAUGACGAGGGGCCUGGGCAUGUAGGCCGCAAAGACAUGACUAAGAGGGCCUUAUCGGCGUUUGCAUGGUUUGACAGGUUUCCCCUCAUAUGCGUAUUGUUCAUGGCCACAAGGUACAUUGUGAAGUCGGGAUUGGUGAAUAGAAAACAAAGAUAGACAAAGGAGUUAAGACCGAGACUCAGAU